GGGAGAAAUAUCUAAACACCUUGAUCUUCAGACUCUAAAUUAGUCGUUAAGAAAAUUUUUGCUGUGGAAAACUUAUGAUCCGGCGAGUUUGAAGGAAAGAAAUAAUGUGGAAUAUUCGAAAUUUGCUGCAAAUAAUAAUCAUUUUGUUUUUGUCUACUAAAUCUACACAUUCGCAUGGAUUUGAAAGCACUACUUCUGAAUUCCAUAUCUAGUAAACAUCCAUUGGUACUCAAUAGACGCAUGCAUAUUGGAAAAUGCUGUUAUUCAGUUACUUUCGAGGUCGAUGGUAAAAUGUUAACCGUUAUGCGCAUUAGGCAAGUUUAUACCAAAGCGCCACUUAUGAUGCGCGUGCAACGACGUCAACGAUUUCUGCAGAAGCUGAAGAGCAGCUCUUCAAUAAGCCUCAGUCAUAAUCUCAAACCGCAUCCCUCACCCACGCGUACCAUUUUACCCGAAUUCGCCGAUUGUGCUACACAAACAACCAAACCACAAAUGCGCAGCCGCUCGACCGGCACGGAACAGCAGAUUCUUGCAGUUCAUCGACAGCAACAGACCAUACGACGUGCGCUGCGCAAACAGGGCACCCAAACCGAUCCAAAUACGCUGUGUCAGGGCGUUCAAACCGUUCGACGAAUUGUGUCACGCGGCACGCAGACCAAGGAGACUUGCCUUGAGGUGGCUGCAUCACAGACCGAAUACUAUUGCUACAACAAUCAAGUUCAAACGGAGCCGCUCGAAACUGAGCCGUGUGAUGAACGUGAAAAAGAGGCAGUGGUGUUUAUGCUUAAUGAAAUUGGCGAAAUGAUCAUCAAUCAGAAUCAUUUGCUGCAGAAUAAUACCACAUUGUUGAAUCAGAUGUCGGAGAUGACGCUGCUGAAUAAGAUGGCGGCGCAGCAAACUCUAUUUCUUAGAAACUGCCAAAAACAGGAGAAAAAGUGUAAACUCAAUCGACUCACACGAAAGCGCGGCAGACUUCGUUAUUUGCCAAUGCCACAAAGACCACCGCCGCCAGUGGACAAGAAAAGUCAAUUUAGCCAAACUAUUUAUCCGAUUGGUCUCUCCAGUAAAACGACGCAAACGCGCCAAGAACACCAUCAACGUAAGCGUUUUAGUCUGUUUUGUAUUUAAGUCAAACGAAAUUACAUUGAAAUGAAUUGAAUGUUUCAUAAUCGAAAAUAAAAUCAGAUUUUUUGCAUUUCGAUUGCGGUAAGAAUUAUGAAA